AUUUCUACUUUUUCGAAUUUUUUUAGCAAUGCCCACCACUCGGCCUUCACCAACGAGUAAGUAUCUAAAACUCAUACAAAUUAUUGGUCAAGCAGAAAAAAGAAUAAUCCUCUGACAGAUCUAAAGUGCCUUGUUUAAUAUGUUAGGAAUCUGAAGCAAAUAUGAAAACGAAGACAGCGAAAAUGACGCAAAAAAAGGCUCCCUAGGAUAAGCUAAAAGCACCCAAAGCUUAAGCUAAGAGUGUUACGUGAAUCACUGAAAACUGGAUUCUGACGUCAUAUGACGUUAUAGAACCUUCACUUUGAAUUUUGAUCCCCUCAGAUACCCAGUUAACAACGACGUCAACAUACUGAAAUAUUUAUUUUAGCAUUUUAUUCUUAAAAUAAUACAUUUGAGAAAUAAGUUAAACCUGUAAUUAAGGUGAUAAUUACACGAGACGAUUUACAACGACGAUUUCAUGGAUUAGUGAUUUUUUUUUCUUGUUUAUCACUCUUUUACUCGUAGGACCCAGGUUUGCCUUUUCUAUUUCAUGCUUCCCCUCUGCCAUGGUGGCUCACAUAGCACGUGACAGUUUGCCCUUGGGAUCGGAUCCCCGUCUACUUCAUCUUAACGAUCCCAGCUGUGGUGUGAAUUAUUUGACCAAGAAGAGUGUUAUAAUAAAGGCUCCUCUGAAAGGCUGCGGAACAGUUCGAAGGUAAAAAUGAACUCUGAAAAUACCGAUCAAUGACGUAAUUAUUGGUAAUUAGUGAGCAACAAGUCCCCUUUUAAUUUCAGCGCUGUUAAAUAUAUUAUAUAUCAAAAAAAUCUUAUUUUGUUAGAUGUAGACAUGACAGUGGACAUGAUAGUUUAAUAACCUGCUACACAACUGGCAAAAACGCUCUGAAGCUUCCGGAGGUUUUUUGCCCUAAAAUGAAGUUUAUAUUUUCCAAACGUUUUAGGAACUUUGAUAUUACGUACGGGUGGCAUAGUUGUGAGAGAAAUACAUUUGUUAUUUUUAACACGGAUUCCUGUUGACAACUAUGGAGCUCUGAAUUUUUAUCUUGCAUGUUUGACCAGGAACAUCGGGUACAGAGUAUUCUUCCAUAACAAGGUGGUGGUACCCUUUGGAUAUGGAAACAAGAGAUCUUUGUCCGUGUUUCCGUUCAAGUGUGUUUACAGUCAUUUUGGCUUUCCUUGA